UGCACAAUGGAUUACAACGAUACCUUUAACAUUUCUGAACCGUACAAGCCGUACUACGAGCGUCCCGAGACGUACAUCGUACCUCUGCUGUUCGCUCUGAUCUUUAUUAUUGGAGUAGUAGGGAACGGGACGCUGGUCGCUGUAUUUGUACGACAUAAGGCUAUGAGAAAUGUGCCUAAUACGUAUAUCCUCUCUCUCGCUCUGGCGGACCUCCUCGUCAUCAUAACUUGCGUACCGUUCACAUCAAUUGUCUACACCCUCGAGUCCUGGCCGUGGGGUGUCACCGUGUGUAGAGUAUCUGAAGCUGCCAAGGACGUCAGCAUCGGCGUAUCCGUUUUCACAUUGACCGCCUUGUCAGCUGAUCGAUACUUUGCGAUCGUUGACCCCUUAAGGAAGCUGCAUGCCACAGGUGGUAGCAGACGCGCCACCCGGGUGACUGUUGCUACGGCAAUUGGUAUAUGGAUUCUAGCCGCCGCGCUCGCCACACCAGCCUACCUCGGAUCUUAUCUGCGGGCCUUUGUCGUGAACCCUACAAAACAGUUUCUAGUAUGCUACCCGUAUCCCCAAGAAUGGGGGGAAUCGUACGCACGCACUAUGGUCCUGAUGCGGUUCCUGGUCUACUACUCGCUACCUUUGGCGGUGAUCGCGCUAUUCUACGUGCUGAUGGCUCGUCACCUAGUACUGAGCACGCAGAACGUGCCGGGUGAAAUGCAAGGAACGCAGAGGCAGAUGCGAGCUCGAAGAAAAGUAGCCUUGACCGUCUUAGCAUUUGUAAUGGUUUUCGCUGCAUGCUUCCUACCGUCACACGUGUUUAUGAUGUGGUUCUAUUAUUGCCCGACAGCCCAAGAUGACUACAAUCCAUGGUGGCAUGGCUUCCGAAUCGUUGGGUUCUGUUUCUCUUUCCUCAACAGCUGUGUGAAUCCCAUUGCCCUCUAUUGCACCAGCGGCAUCUUUAGAAAACACUUUAAUAGGUACCUCCUGUGCCGCAGCGGAUCAGCUCAUGGACCUCGCGGCUCGCUCUCACUGUCAACGUCACGACGACUCCACUCCAGCAGGAAGACUAACAUUAGUAUGGUUCCACGCACAACAAGCGUCGGUCGAGACAGCAGCAUUCGUCUCCUAAACAACGGCUCAUCGAAUCUCUGAGGAAGGCAUCGGCCGCAUAAUACGGCCAAUAACAACCAGGAACGCAGCAAGGAGAACUACAAGAAAUGCCUCGUGUUCAAACCGGACAACAUGCCCCCUUUCCCCAAGUGCUGUGAAAGUGAUAACAACCUCCAGCACGCUGAAACUAAUCUAGAUAAGAAGGACAUAAGUACAGAGAGCUUUUUAUUGCCGAUAGAUAAUUUCGGUCGGAGUUAGUUGUGAUGAUAAAUAAAUGUAUUCGUCUAUUAUAUACCUUACUUUUCUGAAUUAAAAAUUAACGUAAUUAUAAUGAACGCCUAUUUCAU